CGUCACUGGUAGUUAUGUAUGUAAACAUUUUGACUGUGCACGUGCGUGUGUUUAUUUACAGUGGAGAGAAGUGAGGCAAGUUUUGUUAUUUAGGAGAGUGUACUACAAUGGUUUGAAGUAUUAUUAUGUGGAAUACUGACACCUAUUUAACUGAAACGGUAUAAACGUAAUAUCAGUACUUAUCUAACUUCAUGCUGUGAUUUGCCCCUGGUUGUAUACGAGCUAUUGCUACUCUACUGGAGGAGGUAUUUGCGAAUAACUAAAUAAAUAAAUCAGGCGUUAAGUGUCGGUCGAUCUGCUCGUAUGCCAUUACAACCGUAAUAUGGUCGAUGAACUGUCUUUCGUCAAAACUAAAUGUGCAGAGCUGCGGAAAGAUGCAGCAGCAUCUUUCGAGUGUGUCGUGUUUGAAGAUAAGAGAAAAGGAGGCGUUGGCAGAAAUUCCUCCAGUAAAAAGAACGCAAAAAAAUCUAUACUCAGUAGUAGUGACAUUGAUAUUAGGAGAGUAAAACGAGAAGUAAUCAAAUUUGGCUUAACUGGCUUCGAUGCGAAAACGAAACAGGAAGCAAAAAUCGAGCAGGCUAUAAGACUCGGUGCGAAACCACCAAAAAAGAAGUAUGUUAAUUAUAAAGAACUCAAAGCCGAAAAAGCACGUCAGUUACAGGAAGCAGAAGAAAAGAAGAAGUUGAUGGAUGCUGGAAAAAUUAAAGGUGUUUCUAGCGACAAGGGCAAGAAAUAUUUAGCGCUCAAGAAGCGGAAGGAUAAUAUUUUGCAGGCUUAUGGCAAGGUAUCUUCAAGUUUUAAAAACAAGAAAGGGCGUAGGAAAAAGUGACUUAUAUAAUGCUCCAGAGGACGUUACCUGUAAAGCAGUUGUAUACGUUUGUCUGUGCUGUCUUAGACAUGAAAGUGAUGACAUACUGGUUACCUUAUUGUCCAGAGUGAGAAAUUAGCUGUCCAGAGAUGAGUGUAUAUACUGGAGAUUGGCUGCAAGUUAAGGACUUAACCGGAUUGUACACAGCAAUGUUAUGUAGAUGAAACAUCAAAGAAAUAAAACUAUUGGUAAUAUAUUCCAGUUGUUUUAUAUGUACAUUGGCCGUAAUGAACUCAGAUGAUUUCUCUGUGGUGAUAAGUAAUGAAAUGGUGUCUAAUGAAGUAACUGAUUACUCAAGAACUCAUAUUAAUUUUUGCACUUGUCACAUCUUGAUUAUAAACACUAAAUGCUGUCUGCAUUGAAUAUUUCAUUCUGUGUAUGACUGUAUUUGUCUAUGAAUUUGUCAGUGCUUCCUGAUUAAUAUUCCUUGGUUCUAAAGAACUUAAUUGAUUCUACUGAAUAAUGUUGCUUUGUAUUUUGUGGCCGGCUGGAGCGACCGAGGGGUUCUAGGCGCUUCAGUCUGGAACCGCGUGACCAGUACGGUCACAGGUUCGAAUCGUGCCUCGGGCAUGGAUGUGUGUGAUGUCCUUAGUUUAGUUAGGUUUAAGUAGUUCUAAGUUCUAGGGGACUGAUGAUCUCAGACGUUAAGUCCCAUAGUGUUCAGAGCCAUUUGACCCAUUUUUUGUAUUUUGAGUUUGUAACAUAGCAGUUUAUUGAAAUACAUUUUAACAGUGCCAUGUGAAGAGGGAAGCCAGUGGAAGUGAUAAAGGAACAAGAAGCUGUAGACGUAAAGGUGAGAAAAUGUUGUGUGCGUGUGUAGGCCUACGGCAUGUAUAAUUUUACUAUAAUUAGAGUGCCUAUUCUGUUGGAAUACGAUGGUAAUAUUGUGGCAGGUUUCUUUUGCCUGUAACGCGAUGAUAAUAUUUGUUGAAAA